CCGACGCAAGCUCCAGGCUCGCACAGAGGGUGCGCAGGCAGCGCCUGCCGUUUACGACGGGCCGGAAAGUAGUGACCACAUCCCGCGCCGUGCGGAGCCCGGCCGCUAUGGGGAAAAUCGCGCUGCAGCUCAAAGCCACGCUGGAGAACGUCACUAACCUCCGGCCUGUGGGGGAGGACUUCCGGUGGUACCUAAAGAUGAAAUGUGGCAACUGUGGUGAGAUUUCAGACAAGUGGCAAUACAUUCGGCUAAUGGACAGUGUGGCACUGAAAGGAGGCCGUGGCAGUGCCUCCAUGGUCCAGAAGUGCAAGCUGUGCGCAAGGGAAAACUCCAUCGAGAUUUUGAGCAGCACCAUCAAAUCUUACAAUGCUGAAGACAAUGAGAAGUUCAAGACAGUAGUAGAGUUUGAGUGCCGGGGCCUUGAACCAGUUGAUUUCCAGCCCCAGGCUGGGUUUGCUGCUGAGGGUGUAGAAUCAGGGACAGUCUUCAGUGACAUUAAUCUGCAGGAGAAGGACUGGACUGACUAUGACGAAAAGGCCCAGGAGUCUGUAGGAAUCUACGAGGUUACCCACCGGUUUGUGAAGUGCUGAACCCUCUUCCUGCACAGUUGCCUCCAAGAACUGAGAAGGGACAAUGUGCCCCAAGCAGCAGAGCCCACUGAGGCUCAUCCCCUCAUCCUCGUUUCCUGGCAGCUCUCCAAGCCCUCAGUCUGCAUGCUGGGCUCUGUCACAGCUUCCCAAGCCCCACCAAUAAAGCCCCGGUUUGUGCUGUACUUGUGCAUGGAGGUAGUCAGGUAGCAGCCACUCCCUCCACAAAGAAUUCAUGUUGGAGGUCUUACUGCUUCCUGACACCUUCCCACAGUAUAGACUCUUACACUUGA